AUGUACUCUGGAAUUAACAAUCAUUUUGAUUUUGACCAACGACCAUCGCAUUUUCAUCACUGCGAGUGCUACCAUGCCGCUGUCAAAGUACCUUGCUGUCAUGCAAACGUCAAUAACUCAAACCAUAUCAACCAUCCUUAUCGUCAGAAUUCAGUAAACGGUCCACAAAAUCGCUCAAAUAUCCGUUUUGUUGAACUAACAAAAGCCAAAGGCGAACCUCUGGUAAGUUAUUUGGUAAUCGUUUAA